ACUAAUCAUAAUCACAUCAAACAAUUACCUCAAGAUAAAGGCUUACCACACAAGACGUUUGCAGCUUCUUUCGCGUUCACGCCCACGGCGUACUGUUCUCUACAAAGAGUGCCUACAACUGAACGGGUCGAUAUGGCAGAAGCCGAAUUGCGCAGUGUGAGCAGGCAGCUCCAACAAGCUCUUCACCAUAACAACUUCCAGCAGUGUCAACAGCUCUUGUCCAAAGCAAAAAUUGCCUUGUUGCAUCUAAAUGCUCUCAUUCCAUCACCACAGACGCCAACCAGCCACUUGCUCGCUGCGAGGGAGAUGCUGGAACUGGGUGCCAUUGUGUCUAUUCGCAUGAACAACGAACAGUCUCCCGAUUCUUUCACUCGCUAUUUCCAGCAAUUACAACCAUUUUACGCGCUCCCAAAAUCGCAACUUCCCACCGAGCACAGCCAGCAGAGCAGGAUAACGGGAUUGUACUUGCUACUCCUUCUCAGCACCGGUGAUUACGGAGGCUUCCACACCAUGCUGGAGACUUUGGAGAUGGCCAAGGGAGGGGCAACCGCAAAAGGUUUGGAGGAUGAUGAGUUCAUCCAGUACCCUGUACGCUUGGAACAAGCACUCAUGGAGGGAAGUUAUGAUCGCGUAUGGCAGGAGACAAAAAGCUCCAGUAUACCUAGCGAGGAAUACGGCAUUUUCUCGAGCUUUCUGAUCAACACCAUCCGUGACGAGAUUGCCUCUUGCUCAGAAAAGGCGUACGCUUCCGUGCCGAUCUCAAACGCUAAAAACCUCUUCUUCCUUGAUUCAGAAGGCGCCGUGGUCCAGUUUGCCCAGUCACGAGGCUGGACUGUAAAAGAUGGUAGAAUUUAUUUCCCGCAUCAGGACAAAGAUCUCCUAGCCAGUGAAAAGGAUAUCUUAAGCGCAAGCGACCAGGUCAUCGAAAAUACACUGGGGUAUGCUAGAGAGUUGGAGACUAUUGUGUGAUUUUCAGCGCCUGUACCCCCUCCGGUUCUUCACAGUGCAAUCUAUUUUACUGAAUUGCUAGAAUCCACGUAAAUUCAAAGUCAGUCUUUAACUCGGAGGCCAUCAUAAGACGCCCAAGGAAUUGAAAAGACAAAGAAUUGUACAACAUAUCCGAUAGCAUCGUUCUUGCAUUAGAUCAGGACUAUCAAUAGCAAAACUUGCACAUUUAUGAGACAGAUGGGCUUUAUUUGUAUCCUUUCAAAUUCGUUUCCAGUCCAUUAACCACCAUCAUGGAGCAG